AUGGCGACAGGCGAGUCUAAACUCGAUGAGCCCGCCAAGGGAGACGAGGUUCAAAUGGUCGAACACCGCGACGACCAGGUCCACGGACGUGCCAUUCAACAGCAAGAGCACAACCGGACUUGGGGACAAACUCUACGCAAAGACCCUCGGCUUCUCUUCUGGAUCGGCGUAAUGCUUUGGACAUUGAUUGUUCGAGGCUUCGAGUCGGGCGCAUCGGGCGCCCUCAUCAGCAUUCCCGUCUUCAGGAGGCGAUUCGGAGUUUUUAUUAAGGGCACGUACUUCAUCUCGACCAAGUGGCAAUCCAUCAUCAGCGGUGCGCCGAACGGAGCUGCCAUUGUGGGCGCCUGGGGCGCCUCCUAUCUGGCUGAUAGGUACGGCUCCAAGCCUUUAACACUGCUGGCUGCCGUCAUCAACAUUGCCUCUAUGUUCAACUUCUUAGCUAUCGGCGCCCUCCUCAAUCUCUGCACCGCCUACAUUGCCGACGUUGCCCCACUGGCCAUCCGAGCCUCUGCCAUUGGAUUCUGCAACCUGUCGCAAUGCAUUGGGCCGUUCAUCGCGGCUAUCAUGUCCAACUACACAGCCAAGUGGGACACGGAUUGGUCCUGGAAAGCCCUUGUCGCUGCGCAGUAUGGAUUCGCCGCCGUGGCACUCGUUGGUCAAAUCUUCAUGCCAGAGUCCCCUGUCUACCUAGUCCGCAUGGGAAGAAUGACGGCUGCGCAGAAGUCUCUGGAACGCAUGUACUCGGACCCGCAGGAUGCCAAGGGCCAUCUUCACCGAAUCAGCCUGACGCUCGAAGAAGCCGAAUUAUCGAACACCGGGUCGUACAUUGACUGUUUCCGGGGCACCAACCUCCGAAGAACUCUGAUCUGCAUCAUGGUUUUCCUCUCCGGGCCCAUGGCCGGUUUGGGCUUCGUCGGCAGCUACGGCGCUCUGAUGUACCAAUAUCUGGGUAUCUCCGACCAGAAGUCUUUUGAGAUCAGGAUCGGCGCAGAAGUCCUGUCCAUGUCCGGUGCUACCAUUGCAUUUCUCAUGGCCGAUUGGUGGCAACAGCCGCUGUCACAGAAUCCUACCUCUUGGUCGUUUAUUAGCCCCUUCAUGUUUAAUCCAGAUUACGGCAACCUGAAGGCCAAGAUUGGCUUCGUGUUCGGGGCGUUCAUGUUCAUCUUCGCGAUCCUCGCGUACUUCUUCGUGCCCGAAACGCGCAGGAGAACGUACGAGGAGCUAGACGAGCUUUUCAUGAAGAAGGUGCCCACCCGCCAGUUCCGCAAGUACGUUACCGUGGCCGAGCAACGUGCCGCCGAGGCAUGCGCCGUGCAAGAGAAGAUUGCUCCGGAUCUGAAAGUGUGA